AUGGGCAAUGCUUUAAACAUUAGCAUUCUUGUUACUCCUUCAAUUUAUGGAUUUGGAGGAUCUUUUUAUCCUAAUUUAGUUCAAGCAAGAGUUGGAGAUUAUAUAAUAUUUGAAAAAAAUACAUUCACUAACGGAAAUUCUCGAAUUGUCGAAGCCAAUGAGAAAGGAUCAUGUGUAAGAUCCAACAGUUCUGACGCAUACGUUGUAGAAGUAUCAGAUACCAACCCAAAAGCUUCAUUACAACUCACAAAGACUGGUAAAUUUUUUUUGAUUGAUGAUGGAGUUAAUGAGAAUUGUAUAAACGAUGCUCAGUGUGAACUUGAUGUCGGUAACGGAACUGUUCCUUCUGCUAAAACUUCAUCUGCUAACACUUCACCUGCUUAUACUUCUGCUGCUUCUCCUCCUGGUUAUGCUCCUACUACCGCUGAUACUACUAGUAACAAUAAUAAUAAUGGGAGCAGUGAAAAUAUCGGACUUAUAGUUGGAAUUAUUGGUGGUGGAUUAUUUACUUUAGGAAUUUUGGGAUG